AUGCAGCUCCUCCCCCUCCUCACCACCCUCCUCCUCACCGCCACCACGGCCUCCGCGGCCUGUAAUGGCACAAGCACAUGGGUCUCCUUCGUCAGGCCCAACGGCAGCAUCACCACCGCUGAGCGUCAGCUCUCGGUCAGCGGCGGCACGGUCUAUAUCGGCAACAUCAAGUACUCUGGCCGUGUGGAGGCGCUGGUCCUUAACUAUCCGGGCGGUAGGCCUGGCGGUGGGGAGGGCGGGUUGACGUUUACGAAUUACUUUAGUGGCAUGACGGGGUGGAGGAAUGGUUAUGUGUUUCCGAAUAAGUCGGAGCCAAUCGGGUUUACGUCGCCGCACUCGGCGUAUGUGCCCGCGGACGCAGACACGGGCAAGUUUUCGGUUGGCCGCGAUGAUAGGCUCUUACGAUACAAUGGUUUGGACCGCUGGUAUUUGUGUCCCACGACCGACUAUGAUAAGACGUAUAAGCUGCAUUUUGUCGGCGUGAAUGUGGCAGUGCCGGAGGGGUGUGUGAGGACGGAUAUUCCGGUGGUUGGGUAUGGGUAUAGCGAUUGGAAGGCGGAUGCGCUGGGUGCGUAUGUUGCUGGGGGGGAUUUAUAG